CUCCCCCUCCCUCCCUCCACCUGUCCCCGGCGCGUUGGACGCUGGAAGCCAAAAUGGCGGCAGAGCUGGUGGAAGCGAAAAACAUGGUGAUGAGUUUCCGAGUCUCGGACCUCCAGAUGUUGCUGGGAUCAGUGGGCCGGAGUAAGAGCGGUCUAAAGCAUGAACUGGUCACGCGGGCCUUGCAGCUGGUCCAGUUUGACUGUAGCCCAGAACUGUUCAAGAAGAUCAAAGAGAUCUACGAGGCCCGCCAUUCCAUAAGCGCUGAUCCAGGCCAGCCACCACAAGCGCAUCAGCAGCCGCCCCCAACGCACCGACCUCCUCCGGAAGCCCUCUCCUUGCAUUCUUCCUAUGACCGUAACUCCGUUCCCAGGACUGCCCUUUCCACCCCCAACAUUGACUAUCCUUCUCUCUACGGGAAAUACUUAAACGGACUUGGACGGUUACCUCUCAAAUCCAUGAAGCCGGAGGUGCGGCUGGUGAAGCUUCCCUUCUACACCAUCUUGGAUGAGCUUUUGAAGCCUACUGAGCUUGUCCCACAGAAUAAUGAGAAGCUUCAAGAGAGUCCGUGCGUCUUUGCGCUGACACCGAGGCAAGUGGAACUGAUCAGAACUUCCAGGGAGUUGCAGCCAGGUGUGAAAUCGGUCCAGGUUGUCCUCAGAAUCUGCUACACGGAUACCAGUUGCCCUCAGGAAGACCAGUACCCCCCCAAUAUCGCUGUGAAAGUGAAUCAUAGUUACUGUUCUGUCCCGGGCUAUUACCCAUCAAAUAAGCCCGGCGUGGAGCCCAAGAGGCCUUGUCGUCCCAUCAACCUCACUCAUCUCAUGUACCUGUCAUCAGCGACCAACCGCAUCACUGUCAUUUGGGGCAACUAUGGAAAGAGUUAUUCUGUGGGCCUGUUCCUAGUGCGACAGAUGACAUCUGCAGAGUUGCUGCAGAGGUUGAAAACGAUUGGAAUUAAACACCCGGAGCUCUGCAAAGCACUUGUCAAAGAGAAGCUGCGCCUGGAUCCAGAAAGCGAAAUCGCCACCACGGGGGUCCGCGUCUCUCUCAUAUGUCCGCUGGUGAAGAUGCGACUGUCCGUGCCAUGUCGAGCGGAGACCUGUGCCCACUUGCAGUGCUUCGAUGCCGUCUUCUACCUGCAGAUGAAUGAGAAGAAGCCAACAUGGAUGUGCCCAGUGUGUGACAAACCAGCCACUUAUGACCAGCUCAUGAUUGAUGGGCUCCUCUCGAAGAUACUGACUGAGUGUGAGGAUGCUGAUGAGAUCGAGUACUUGGUGGACGGUUCCUGGUGCCCAAUCAAAGCGGAGAAGGAGAGAAGCUACAGCCCUCAGUGCCCAAUACUGGUCGUAGGUGGAUCCACAGGAGGGACUUCUGAUGUCAAUGGGGUACCUCCCCCUGCUCCCAGCAUGAAUGGGGAGAAUGGCAAGGUCCCUGCUGAUGUAGUGGAUUUGACACUGGACAGCUCGUCCUCUGAAGAGGACGAGGAGGAGGACGAUGACGAGGACGAUGACAUGGGGCCCAGACAGAAGCGGCCCCGCCUGUACAAGAAGGAUCUGGCUUCUGCCUGCUGACUGCUAAGGGCACUUCAGAACUCCCAGUGGAAAAGCUUGAAUACUCUGGUGCUUAUUUGGAUAUGGGAAGAGGGGCUGAUCUCCCUCCACAUACACAGACACACCCAUCUCGCCCUUCUCCAAAGCGGACCUUCCACUCCACAGAUCCAAGAAUAAGACUACAAAGGAUGCACCGGGGAGCUGCUGCAUGGCUGGAAUUCGCUCCCAAUCCCCUCCCCGUCCCUGUGAAACAAUCUCAGGCUCUUGCCAGCUUGACUCGAACCAUGGUCAGAAGCAAGGGACUCUGGCAGCCUGUCAGGAAUCGCCACUGUCAGUUUCCCUUCUUUCUCUGUCCUCCCCCCCCCCAUUGCUUUGUGGAUAACCUAAACUGCUGGCUGGUUGCAGCUUGUCUGGACACCAAUGGACUGUUUUGAGCCUUGUUGUGUCUCUCUGAAGCUGUGUGCAUCCCGCCCCCCUCUUGUUCAACAACCAUUCCAGACUCUCUUGAAGCGCCUCGUUGGAUAUAUGAAGUGGGGUGUUUAGGGGAUUUUUUUUUUUUGUGGUCCGGCUGGGAGGUUUCUAGAACUCAAGAGAGCUUCCAAGUUGGGUUUUUCUUUCCAGGGGCAUGUAAAGUUUUUUAUUUUAAAGGUGGGGAGGGGGGAGAGAAAAUUGUGAGAGAUUGGAAUUGCUCAGUGUUUGAGCAGCUUGUAACCUCAUGUAAAGAAAAGGUUGGAAUCCUUUUUAGCCACUUCUGAAAAUAACGUAGAAUUCUUGCAUAGUGAUUCCUUCUUUGUUUUUAGUUGAACAGAA